UCGUGUGAGGAUCAUAAAAUAAUCGUUUCGUAUCGAGUUUCGUGCAAAAAUGAAGUGUUUUUGUUGAUGUUUUUUUUCAUCGUCGUCGUUUGUGAUGAAACGUGUGUUCCUUUAAAAACCUAAAAAAUAUUUAAAAAAAUAAAAAUAAUUAAAUUUAAUUAAUAAAAAUGAGUGAAACAGCAAAUAAUGACAACAACUCAUCCGCUAAAAAAGGAUUAUGGCGAGACCUGACCGCAUAUUGGAUCCUCGGAUUAUGCAACAACUUUGGUUAUGUAGUGAUGUUAACGGCCGCUCACGAUAUCAUUCAUGAUUUAUCCGCGGGAGGCGACGAUCCAGAAACGGAUCCAGAUUUCAAACGAGAUUGCAACAAGUUGUCAACGGGAGCGAUUUUGCUCGCGGAUAUUCUGCCAGCGUUAUUUGUGAAACUUGUGGCGCCUUUUUUGCCGUUUUAUGUUUAUAUUCGUGUAUCAAUUUGUGUGCUGUUAGCUGCCGGUUCCUUCGCUCUCGUCGCAUAUGCGGAAGUUGUUUGGGUCGCAAUAAUCGGAGUUGUGCUUACAAGUUUAAGUUCCGGCCUUGGCGAAGUCACGUUACUGAGUUACACGAGCAGAUUCAACAAAAAUGUCGUAUCGACAUGGAGUUCAGGUACAGGCGGCGCCGGAAUUUUGGGCGCAAUUUCGUAUUCGGCGAUGACUCAAGCGGGUUUGAGUUCAAAAGCGACGUUGCUUGUGAUGAUUUCGGUUCCGGUGUUGGAAGCAUUUGUUUUUGGGCUGCUUCUGCGUCAUCCUUCAGCUGAUGCGAACAACGAUAACUCCGAAACGAACACAAUUUCGUCGGAGGAAAAGACAGCGGAUGGCAGUGCGGAUCCCUUGAGCGAAGAUGAGAAGCCUUUAGUUGGAUUUGCGGCAAAAAUUCGUUACAUCCCAUCGUUGUUCAAAUUCAUCAUUCCCUUGUUGUUGGUGUAUCUCUUUGAAUAUUUCAUAAAUCAAGCACUUUUCGAGCUAAUUUACUUCGAAGACGCUUUCAUCGACCAAAAAGCGCAAUAUCGCUGGUAUCAAGUAACUUACCAGAUUGGAGUUUUCAUCUCGAGAAGUUCCGUUAACGUCUUUAAAGUGCGUUUAUUGUGGCUGAUGGCAGUUUUGCAAGGCAUCAAUGUCGUUUUGUUCUCGUUGGAAGCCGUUUUUUGGUUUGUUCCGAGCAUUUGGAUCGUUUUUGCCUUCAUCCUGUGGGAAGGAUUGCUCGGCGGAGGUGCUUAUGUCAAUACGUUCUACAGAAUUUCGGAAGAAAUUCCCGCUGCGAAACGUAUGUUCGCCCUCAGUGCAACCGUUUUCUCCGAUUCAGCUGGUAUUGCCUUAGCUGGAUGGUUCUCGAUGCCCACUCAUAACGCCAUUUGCAAACUUCCGAUCCCAAAUCGCUUCUAAGACUAAAAAUAAAUUAAUUAGAAAGACUUUAAACAAAAAAUAAAAUCAUGACUAAGAUAAAAAUAAAUAAA